UGGAAACCUGUGAGCGGGCAGCAUCCAGCGGCUCUUCUGUCUGCUGGACCACUCCACAACCAGCAGCUCCAAGAUGGCGUUAACACGGCACAGUGUGUUUCUUCUCCUCUGCUUCGCUCUCAGUUACACGGCUCUGGCAGUUAUCCUCAGGACCACAGAGAAGACCGUCUGGACCAACGAGUUUGACUCCGCUGAGCUGUCCUGCCUAAUUGAGUCGAUCUCCACCAACAACCCCAGAAUAGAGUGGAAGAAAAUCAAAAACGGGGUGCCGAGCUAUGUGUACUUCCAGAACAAAAUCUCAGGUGACCUGGAGCAUCGGGCGCGGCUACGGGAGCCGGCGAACCUGGUGAUCCUGAACGCCAGCAGAUCUGACACGGCGCAGUACCGCUGUGAGGUGGCUGCCAUCGACGAUCAGAAGCCCUUUGAUGAGAUCUUAAUCAGCCUUGCAGUCAGAGUAAAGCCAGAGGUGCCGCGAUGCACGGUACCGGACUCGGCCACGGUCGGCUCCUCGGCGGAACUCCGGUGCCUGGAGAACGAGGGGUUCCCCCAGUCUCAGUACCAGUGGUUCCGCAACGACGAGGAGCUCCCGGACGACCCAAAGAGCAGUCCCCGCUUUCUGAACUCCACCUACACCGUGAACCCUGACACAGGAACCCUGAAAUUCCGUACACUGAAGAAGAGCGAUGCAGGAGAUUACUACUGCGUGGCCAAGAACGAGGCGGGCCAGGCCAAGUGUGGUGCCCAGCUCAUGGAAGUCUAUGACCUGAACAUCAUGGUGAUCUUCCUGAAGGUCCUGGGUGGAGUGGUGGCGGGGAUUUGCGUGAUUGUUGGUCUCUGCCACAUCUGCAAAAAAGUCUCCUGCAAAAAGGAGACGGAAAAUAAUUAUAAAGCCCCCCGACAUGACGACGGGGUGGAUUACAUCACGGCUGAUGAGGGGCACUUCCGCCACAAGUCCUCGUUCGUCAUCUGAAGAGCCAGAGUGGCCUUGACCGGACGGAGGACGAGUCGGGAGUGAAGGCAUGCGGCGCGAGGAGAGUCUCAGCCUCGGAGGACGCUUUUCGGUUGACCUAUUUAUCUCAGAGGUGCAUAACCAACAAAGACCCUGUUUGCUAUUCGCUGUCCUAAUCAGCCCCGAAGAGUUCAUGCAAUAGAGAUCUAUAAAUAUAUAUUUUUUAUUGUGUUUCCAUGAAAUGCUGUUUCAGUUGCCAACACCCUGUACAUUUACGUAGGUGUUUUGAAAAAUUUUGUUUUCAUGCAUUCCUGGUGAAGUCUUUUUUUUGUUUUGUUUGUUUGUUUCUUUCUUUUGUUUUGUAACAUUACCUACUGUAUCUGCACAAAGCCAGUGUUCAUUUCAGUUUCAGCUUUAUGUGCCAUGCCAAGACUGUCUUACCGUGGCCAGUGUUGACAGUGAGUGUUGUGAUGUGUAAGCUAUAGUCAAUAGAUAGUUUCCGACUUUGAAUUUAUGAUCUGCUGCGCAGUAUGUGUGCGUGAGAGUGGCGGCAGAUGAUACUGUUGAUGCAUAAGAAGGGUGAAACAGGAAGUAGGGGCUUCCUGCUGUAGGGAAUUUGCUGGUGUCACAUGUUGGCCUGACAUCUAAUACCACAAACUGGAGGCCAGUGUUCUGCUCAAUGCCAACCAAUUGACCUGAGAUGGGAGUUUAACCAGGUCUUUUAGCUGCCAAAGCCUGUGGACACCAAAAGCACUUUGACGUUAGAUGACUUGACUGGACUCCCUCCCUGGUUUCAUUCUCUUGAAAAUACUGUAGAUACAUGUACAUGCACUUGUAAUUUUCACAGUGCCCUGUGUGUGUGUUAAAGUGACCUUCAAUGCUUUCUAGUUAUUUUAUAAAUUUUGGACAUAUUGUCCAGUUUUGUUUUUUGAUCAGUGUUUUUGGUUUUCUAUCUGUCUGUAUAAUAUUGUGGUACUGAGCAAGAGGCCUAUGGCAAUAAUACAGAUAACACUGUUUAUGAAACAAAUGUAAUCACAGAAGUCAAUCAUUGUUUCUAUUAGAAUGAAUAGAAUAAAGUAGAAAUACAUAAACCACUGAA